CACAUAACAAAGGACAUAAUCGUCACUAAAAUAUCUCCCAACAAUUAUAUGUUACCUAUAAUUCAAAUCUCACCAUAUUAGAUCUCAUCAUAACCGUCGAUUUCUCCAUCAAUGGGGUCCACAUUACAAAUUACAGCCCUUGAUCUUUCCCUGUUACUCAUAUAAAAUUCUCUCUUUAGCAUUCCCUUCCCUCACCCCCCACACUCUCCAUACUACUACUCUCUCGAUCGAGUGAGUAGUUCCACUUCACACUUCCGUUUUCUUCCUGAUUUUUUAAGGAAAGAUGAGAGAAAUCCUUCACAUCCAAGGUGGACAAUGUGGAAACCAGAUCGGAUCAAAGUUCUGGGAAGUUGUAUGUGAUGAGCAUGGAAUUGAUCCUACCGGACGCUAUGUUGGAACCUCAGAUCUUCAAUUGGAACGUGUCAACGUGUAUUACAAUGAAGCCUCGUGUGGGAGGUUUGUUCCCCGUGCAGUGCUUAUGGAUCUCGAGCCUGGCACAAUGGACAGUGUGAGAACUGGCCCUUAUGGUCAGAUAUUUAGGCCUGAUAACUUUGUUUUCGGUCAGUCAGGUGCUGGAAACAAUUGGGCUAAGGGUCAUUACACUGAGGGUGCAGAGCUUAUUGACUCUGUUCUUGAUGUCGUCAGAAAGGAGGCCGAGAAUUGUGACUGUCUUCAAGGUUUUCAAGUGUGCCAUUCACUUGGUGGAGGAACAGGUUCCGGAAUGGGAACUUUGCUUAUCUCCAAAAUCAGGGAGGAAUACCCUGACCGCAUGAUGCUCACAUUCUCUGUGUUCCCAUCACCAAAGGUUUCAGAUACAGUGGUUGAGCCAUAUAAUGCUACCCUUUCGGUGCAUCAGCUUGUUGAAAAUGCUGAUGAGUGUAUGGUGCUUGACAAUGAAGCUCUGUAUGACAUCUGUUUCAGGACUCUCAAGCUUACCACACCCAGCUUUGGUGAUUUGAACCACUUGAUUUCUGCUACAAUGAGUGGGGUUACUUGCUGCCUCCGGUUCCCGGGGCAAUUGAACUCUGAUCUUAGGAAGCUUGCUGUUAACCUGAUCCCUUUCCCUCGUCUACACUUCUUCAUGGUUGGAUUUGCUCCUCUCACUUCUCGUGGUUCACAGCAAUACCGUGCACUUACAGUCCCAGAGCUGACCCAGCAAAUGUGGGAUGCUAAGAACAUGAUGUGUGCUGCUGAUCCACGUCAUGGUCGCUACCUUACUGCCUCAGCCAUGUUCAGGGGUAAAAUGAGCACUAAGGAAGUUGACGAGCAGAUGAUUAAUGUUCAGAACAAGAACUCAUCUUACUUUGUUGAAUGGAUUCCAAACAAUGUGAAAUCCAGUGUCUGUGACAUCCCGCCUAGAGGUCUCUCAAUGGCAUCCACCUUCAUUGGAAACUCAACUUCCAUUCAGGAAAUGUUUAGGAGGGUGAGCGAGCAGUUUACUGCUAUGUUCCGUAGAAAGGCUUUCUUGCAUUGGUACACAGGUGAAGGAAUGGACGAAAUGGAGUUCACAGAAGCUGAAAGCAACAUGAACGAUCUCGUGUCUGAGUAUCAGCAAUACCAAGAUGCCACUGCUGAUGAAGAAGGUGAAUACGAGGAUGAGGAGUAUGAUGGGAAUGAAGAGAACUGAAGAAACACACUUAUUAUAUAUGGUUUGCAAUAUGUUUCUGAUCUCUGCGGGUUAUGAGCAUUUCUUUUUCUUGUAUGUUCUAUAUUUGUCUACACGUCGCUGUGUUAAGUCCCCUAGUUUUGUGCCCUAUGUAGUUUAUCAGGAGUGAAUGCUGGUGUGUGAAUGUGGAUUUCUAGUUGUAAUACUGUUACCUAUCUCUGCUUAAAUAUUUGUUAUCUUUCUUA